GAUCAGUACGCUUGUUUCGCGUCCCCUUUCUAAAAGCCUGCCAACCUGUGGAGCAUUUCAGUGGAGAAGGGUGUUAAAGCACCGAGCGGUCGACAAGUCUCAGCUUAUUUGACAUUAUCUUCGUUUUAGGACUUCAGCUCGUCAAGGGCAGACAGGCAACAAGUGAGAAGAUGUCAAAAUCCUGUGCUUUGGUGAUGAUGACAAUCCUCUCACUGGUAUUUGCUGAAGAAAAUUCUGAAGAUGACCCAUUUACCUUUGACUACCACAGACUGCGUGUUGGAGGUCUGAUUUUAGCAGCUGUCCUUUGUCUCAUUGGCAUUACCAUCCUUCUCAGUGGCCACUGCAGGUGCAAAUUCAAGCAGGACAGAAGGAGGAGGGCAGGAAGCAACACUCAGGCAAUGCUUGCUGAGCAAGGUCAUGCCUGUGAUUGCUAGAGGUUGACAAGAAAACAAUGACUCCCAGGAGUCAGAUCUGAGGAAGCUGCAGCAUUUGAGACCCACGCAGUGGCUUUUUCAUUGUUACAGGAAAAAACAGGAAGUUAUAAGAUGUGGGCCUGUUGUGAUUUAUUUGUGCCUGACAACUGCUCUGCAGCCCGCUCUUCCAUAUACACUCACACACAUACAUGGACAUGAACACUCUUAUAGACACAUGUGAUGUUACUUUCAUUCACUUCAACUUUUUCCACAAACCUAGUACCAAAAAUGUUCCUUUAUGUAGGUUGUGUCAAAUGUAUCACAGUACUAUUUGUAGUUGUAUCUGUGUGUGUCAGAUAAAUGUUGAGCUAGACUGUAGACAUUAGUUACUGUAAGCAGCCUAACACAUUAUGCAUAUAUUCAUGCCCAAUACAGCAAAUAGAAGUAACCAUACAUGUUAAAAGUUGUUGUUGAAAGUUGUGUUAAUAAUGUAUGAUCAUCUUUUUAGCUUCAUUGAACAUUAUGGUGGAUGGCAGGGUUCAAAAACACGGAAUUUGUCAUGUUUCGGUUAUUAAAGAAUCAUUGAAAUC